UUGUUACUUUUCCUUUUGACAGACUUUGUUGUUUGGCUGUGUGCAUCCUAAUUAUGCAGAGGCCGGGUGAUACUCAUGACGUUUUGUAUCCACUUGAUGCUACAUUUUGAGUUAAUAAAAGCGCCCUUUAUCAAAAAAAUAAUAAUUUUUGGUUGUUAGAUUUUACUACAGAUUCUAAUCUAUGUGUUUGUGCUUUGUAGAUGAUGAGGCUGCGGGAUGAGCAUAGUGAAGAGGUAGACGAAGAUGUCUUUGCCUUGGCAUGUGGUCCUGAUCGGAGAGUCAGGAAAUACUCAUCGUGCAUAGUGAAUGGCUUCAUUUUUUGGGCUCAUGGUCGGCCGGAGAUGGGGAACGAGCGCUGACAGUCAUUUUAGUCUAGGUUUAGAGUCCGGUCUAGGUGAAAUAUGUCUGAAUGUAAUAAAUUUGCUCCGGUUUAGAUGAAAAGCAUCUGAUUUUAUGUAAAAACCAUCAAAGUAUGAAUGAAUAUUGUCUGGUGCAUUCAAAUAUGCAUCAAAUUUGUUCACUUUCGUUAAAAUUCCUCUAAAAUAUAACCGAACAUAUGCGGAUAGUAUUGGAUGGCCGAUUUUCACAUCUCUGUCUGUGAACGGAUGCAGGAGGAAAUUUUCCAGGUCGGCGUUGAAGAUGCCCCGUAGUGGUCAAAACAGAUGAAAAUGUCAUAUAUUAGGAAAUAAAACUGAUGUCUAGUGUCAAAUAGGAAGGAAACGGUCAAAUAGAGAAUCCUAUAGGCGUUCCAGCCUAUGUCGUAUAGUCCCAUCAGAGCAGCAGAGACAAAGAAUCGAGAGGGCAAAUCAGCGCAUCCUACAGGCGUUCCGUUCGGUGGCUCCACUUGCUUCUUCUCCCCCUCCGCCUUCCCGUAUUAUCCGUGCUUGCUUCUUCAAGUUCCAGGAACACUUCAACGUUGUGAGCAUUGAGUCCCUUCGACCCUUCCGGCCUGCACUGCAGACAUUUACAGGAGGCGAGAUGAGAAAUUCCUGUGAGUGCUGCAAGAGAUACUGGAGUCAUUUGCAUGGAAAGGUCAAGUGUUUCUUCACCCACAUGGACAGAAACUCUAACCAUAGCAUGGUCAUACCAGAGAGCUUUGUGAACUAUUUCGGGUGGAAGCUGUCAGGAACCAUUGAACUAGAAGCCCCCAAUGGUAAUGUGUACGAUGUCGGAAUUACUGAGCGUAGGAACAAAACAGUACUCCGAUCUGGGUGGCAGGCGUUUGUCAAUGCCAAUCAUAUAGUAGAAAGCGACUCGCUGAUGUUCCGAUACCGUGGAAAUUGUCGCUUCAAGGUUGUGGUCUUUGAUUCUAGUGGCUGUGAGAAAGUGGUGUCAUGUACUGCUCGCAUGCAGAGCAAUAUCAAUGAUCAAGAACCAAGCACAAAUCUUACAGACAUUUCAACCAGUUCCAGUGAUGGUAAUACUCAUUCGUCAGCACGAGGACGAUCAUAUGAUUGGCAGAGUGGAAGCUCAGGCCACCAUAGAAAACGAGCAAAGAAAGACGCAUUAUCCUCACCUUCGGAGGAUUCGUCAGGAGAAGACAGUCCAUAUGAGCACGAGUCAUCUAAAUCGGAAGAUACUAAACGUAUUGGAAUAACACCCGAGCAUGAUGAUACAGACCCAUACAUGAUGUCACUGGGUGCCCGUCUAACGCAAGGGCAGAAGAAGAAAGUUCUGGAGAAAGUUGGAGCCAUUGCAUCAGAUCUGCACAUCUACGUCGCAGUCAUGACCACGACCAGUGUCCGCGUCUCUCUAACCUUUGCCACAAAAUACUGUGACACGUACCUUCGGAAGGGGAGCCGGAGUUUGGUGUUUCAGGCAGAGGGGAAGAGCCAGCAAUGGCAUGGUGAGUUGCACGACAACAAUCGUUCCCUGAGGAUAAGUGGAGGCUGGACUUCUUUUGCCAGCGACAACAACCUGCGGGAGGGGGACAUCUGCCUCUUCGAGCUGAUGAAAAACAAGGUGGGGCUGAAGCAGAAGAUGAUGGUCUAUAUCAUUCGCCGUGAGCGUUGCUAGUUUAGUUUCACGCUCUUGACAAGAGGCAGAGAGGUCUCUGCUCUUUGUGCUGCCAUUUUGUAUGUUGCUGAUGGGGCUUUUCGUUGCUUUUGUGAUCUAGAAGUAGAACUAUGGGCAUGGCCAGUCUCUGGAGUGAGUAAAAAAACCUAUAUCUGUAGUAGCUUAGUUUUAAACAGGCCUUGAUUUCUUACUUCAGUGGCAGCCUUAUUUUGUGGCAUGAAGUUUAAACGAGUAGUUGUGUUGACGAAGUUUCUAUGAGGAAGCAACCUGAUUGUUUAUAUCCUA